AUGUUGAAGCUGAACAUGGUCUUCUCUGUGCUUAAUGAGAUGAGGGUUGCAAAUGGGACUGGCAGGGAUAUUGCCUUAAAUUUUGCCCCUCUAGGAGCCACGCUGGUUCUCUGGGACAUUGAUGAGGAACGAAACAAAGAGACAACUUACCUGGCUAGAGGAAAUGGAGCCAAAGAAGCAUAUGCCUACAGGUGUGACUGCAGCAAUAGGGAAGGAAUCUACAGAAUGGCUGCUCAGGUUAGACAAGAAGUUGGUGAUGUUACUAUCCUAGUCAAUGAUGCAGCUGUUGCUAGUAGAAAGUACUUCAUUGAUACUCAGGACUUGGACAUUGAAAGAACAAUGGAUGUGAACAUUAUGGCUCAUUUUUGGACUUGCAAAGACUUCCUUCCAGCCAUGAUUGCAUGUAACCACGGGCACUUGGUUAGCAUUUCAAGUGGAGCGGGACUUGCUGGUGUCAGUAGAAUGUCAGACUAUGCUGCAAGCAAGUUUGCAAUAGUUGGCCUUCUGGAGACAAUUGCUUUUGAAUUGCAGGCUACAGGGAAUAAAGGUGUUAAAACCACCGUUGUCUUUCUUAGUGUUACAAAAACUCAGUUAAGUGCUGGGAUUAAAGUCAUGUGA